AGCAAACGGCUGGGCACUUUUUUCGUCGGCAUAAUUUUUUCUCCCUAGUCCUUUGUACAGGCUACCUUUAAAGCGAAGGAAUCACGCGAAUGAAUUUACGUCCUGGCGCUUGAAACCUUGCAAUUGUCAGAUCAAGAUUAUGAUGAAUAGGCCUACCUGAAAGUCGAAAUAAUCUUGGGAGAAAAACUCUCUGUGGCAGGAUUUACACGGUAAUUCUGUAUAAUAAUUUACGAUCUUGUAGGUUAUGACGUGCGUUUUAUAUAAGAAGAGGCACAGCCAUGGACCUGGAUGUAAUGAAUAUGUUUGUCAUCGCUGGAGGCACCCUAGCCAUCCCUCUCCUGGCCUUUGUGGCCUCCUUUCUACUGUGGCCUGCAGCGCUCAUAAAGGUGUAUUCCUGGUAUUGGAGGAGAGCACUGGGCAUGCAGGUGGACCAUUCUGAGUAUGAGGGGUACCGGUUCGGCUACUCCCACCGUGGGAAGCCUGGGAACCGGCCCUCUAUCCUCCUGCUUCAUGGCUUUUCUGCUCAAAAAGACAUGUGGCUCUCUGUGGUGAAGUUUCUCCCAAAGAAUGUGCAUAUUAUAUGUGUGGACAUGCCUGGCCAUGGGGAGACGACACGUACCAGUGCUGUGGACUACUCCAUUGAGGGGCAGGUCAAGAGGAUACACCAGUUUGUGGAGAGCAUUGACUUAAACAAGAAACCCUUUCACCUGGUGGGCACGUCCAUGGGGGGGAAUGUGGCUGGUGUGUAUGCUGCCAGCUUCCCUGCCGAUCUCUGCAGUGUGACACUCAUCUGCCCAGCAGGUUUGAAGUACCCUACUGAGAGUGCGUUCGUAAAGCGCCUGAUUGAGCUGGAGAAGACGCAGGACACACAGAGCAUCCCGCUCAUCCCCUCCACCCCUGAAGAGAUGGGUGAGAUGCUGAAGCUGUGCUCCUUUGUGCGCUUCAAGAUACCUCAGCAGAUUCUUCAGGGAUUAGUGGAUGUCCGGAUCCCACACAAUGACUUCUAUCGAGAGGUGUUCAUGGAGAUUGUUGGAGAGGCGUCCAGGCAUUCCUUGAAUGAAAACAUGCACUUAAUAUCUACACCACUGCAAGUUAUUUGGGGAAAACACGAUCAGGUUGUGGAUGUUUCCGGAGCCUCUGUGUUGGCUGAAGCAUUGCCGGGUUGUCAGGUAGAUCUCCUGGAUAACUGUGGCCAUUCGGUGGUGAUGGAACGGCCCCGUAAAAGUGCCCAGCUCAUCAUGGACUUUAUCAUUGCUCAGCAGAACGCAGGCUGUGCUAGCGGCAAGAAACUUUCAUGAGACUUUUCAGAGAUUUACUCUUAAGAGUGUAUUGUGAUUGAUACAUAUUUUUUAUAUCUAGCUAUGUAACUCAGGGAUUUUGCCCUAAAUCCUGACUCUCAGCAGGAUGGGAAAUAAUGCUUAAACAGUACAAUGUGAACUACCUGACAGUUCAUUUUCAAUGUGCCAAACUCAAUUCAUUUGGUCGCUACAUCCAUUCUUGGUCCCACCAGUCACUUCGGUUUUCACUUAUUUGAAAAAGCAACACAUUACUCAAUAUCCUGUAGGGUGAAACGGUCACACUGACAUUUGGAUUCAAAGUGUUCAUAUAUUUUUCUGAAAGUAACUGCACUGUUGUGUGUAAAGAGGUGAAGAAAGAGUCGUCAGUUUGGAUCAAUGCACUGAAAAGAGAGAAACACAGAUUUACACAAAGUAUGGUUUGUAUGUGUAUGUGUCUGUUCUGUCUAUUCAUUAAAGUAUACAAUGCCAUGGAUUAUAUGUUGGAGAUAUUAUUAAAUAUGUUCAUAUCACA